AUGAGAGAAGACCACUCCCCACGGCGACAUCACCUUAAUAACAACGUUGAACAAAACACUUUGACGGAAUUGCUUCCCAAUCAACUCUAUUUCGGAUGUUUUCCAAACCCAGAUGCAAUCGACAAAUCCGAUAAAUCCGUCAAGAAGACGUGCUUCGUCAGUGUUAACAAUAAAUUUCACUAUGAACCUUUUUAUGAAGACUUUGGUCCAUGGAACCUAUCAGUUCUUUAUCGGUUAUGUGUUCAAAUAGAUAAACUCCUCGAGAUCGAAGAGAAACGAGGCCGGCGGCUAGUGCUCUUCUGUCAAGAAGAUGGAUCUGGUGACUACGAUAAAAUACGAGUGAAUACUGCAUAUGUCCUUGGAGCUUAUUUGAUAAUAUAUCAAGGAUUCUCCGCCGAUGAUGCAUACUUGAAAGUUGCCAACACCGAAGGGCCGAAGUUGAUUGGUUUCCGUGAUGCGUCAAUGGGUGCUCCACAGUAUCUUCUCCACGUGCACGACGUUCUUCGUGGAAUAGAAAAAGCAUUGAAAUUCGGAUGGCUCGACUUCACGAAUUUCGACCACGAAGAAUACGAGCAUUAUGAACGCGUUGAAAAUGGAGAUUUCAAUUGGAUAAUUCCUGGGAAAAUCUUAAGUUUUUGUGGUCCCCACAAUGAGAGUCGGGAGGAAAAUGGGUAUCCAUACCAUUCUCCAGAAGUUUACUUUGAAUAUUUUCAUAAAACCAAAGUAUCAACUAUUGUUCGACUGAAUGCGAAGAAUUAUGAUGCAUCGAAAUUCACAAGAGCCGGAUUCGAUCACGUUGACUUAUUCUUCGUUGAUGGAAGUACACCUUCGGAUGAGAUAAUGCUGAAAUUUAUCAAUGUUGUUGAUAAUGCGAAAGGAGGAGUUGCCGUACAUUGUAAAGCUGGGCUCGGGAGGACAGGAACUCUGAUCGCUUGUUGGAUGAUGAAAGAGUUUGGAUUGACUGCAGGAGAGUGUAUGGGAUGGCUACGAGUAUGUCGACCUGGAUCAGUAAUUGGACCACAACAGCCAUACUUGGUCGAGAAGCAGAAAUUCUGUUGGUCAUUAUCUCAUUCGAACGGAGUACACCUCAUUCCAAAUAGAGAAGAUAAAAGGAGCGUUAGAAGGCUUGUCAACCAAGUUGAUGAUAUAAACUUGGGAGAAGAAAGAAGAGCGAAAAGUAGAGAGAAUACUCGACCAAACAUUCUCCGGAGAAAAGUUCAAGUUCAAAACGGGAAAGAUGUUACCCCAGUUUCUGUUUCUUCAUCAGCAAUUCCUGGAACGAGCCGAUCUGUAAGAACAACUCGCAUUGUCGAUGAAACAGCACUAGAUGAGCAAGGAAGAUCUCAAGGAGAUCGACUUCUCCAACUCAAAGCAAAACAUCAACAUGAAGCCGAACAAGCUCCAAGCAGUUCUUCAUCUCGACGAUUCGUCAAGCAUUCGGCUCCACAAAUGGCAGUGCCAAGUCAAGCGUACCUAAACCGAAACCGUGAACCAAUCAUGAUAACUCCAUCCAAGAACGGACCUUCGUCAUCUGGAACUAGUAGCCGUCAGUCAAAAACACCAUCUAAUGGAAAUGUGGCAUAUAGAACGAGAAACUCGUCAGGCGGUAACGCAGGAACUUUGACAAGAACGCCGGCAUCUGCUGUAUUUCCUUCGAUGGCUUCUCGUAGAAGUGAAGCAACAAGAUAUUUGUCGCCAACUACUCCUAUAAAACCUAUGUCUCCUGCAUAUCCUGAUGGUACUCUAAAUGGAACUUAUAAGAGCCGACUCCGGUCAGAGAAGCCUAUGGGAUCAACAACAUCUACUCCAUUCAGUCUGCAGCCACAGUUUGGUCUUGUUCGGGUGCCUCUCGAUUCUCCACAUCUCGUUAUGGCUCAUCGACCUUCAUCAGCACGUGCUCCGUUGUCACCUCAUAAUUUUACUUCAAGUCAAGUCUUCACUCCAUCAAAUAGAUUCAUUGGAGAGAAAAAGUCAACAACAAUGACACGUGGCUCUGCAUCCACAUCAGCACUCCCAGCUGCGUAUAUGACACGGGGCAGUAUAUCCAAAUGUACGCUUACUGCUGAAACUAAAACACCUAAACGGAUUUUGUCUAUGCCAUCCUCUUCGAAAUCCACAUCUUCACUGAAAAAGAUUCAAGUAUCUAGACCAAGACCGUACCCAUCAAACGGGGUUAGAGUAGAAUUAUGUGCAAAUGGCAAAUCAUAUGCUAUCCGACCAAGAAAAGAUGCUCAUGUUAUACCUGGUGCAGGUUUAGCUGCAAACACUGAAGCUCUUCUUGGGAAACGUAAGCCAACAACGAACACCUGA